AUGGGCUCUGAACCUGCUGCCGCAUCAGCAUUACCUCGAGGAAGCCCUUCUGUCAAACCUGGGAACUCGAGCUCGGGCAGUUCCUUCGUCUCUCCAAAACAGCAGACUGAGAAGGGGUACCUGGAGAUGCUGGGUGUCAGCACAGCUGUGGCCAUAAAGAAAAUAAAUCUUCAAGGACUGCAGAGGAAGCAACUAACAGUUAAUGAAAUCAUGAUCAUGAAGAGGAAUAGGAGUCCCAGUGUUGUGAAUUAUUUAGACAGCUAUCUUCUGGGUGAGGAACUCUGGCUGGUUUUAGAGUACAUGGAUGGAGGCGCCCUGAGUGAUGUCAUCAGUGAGACCUUCCUGUCUGAAGAGCAGAUGGCAGCCAUCAGUCGGGAGUGCCUGCGAGGACUGGAUUUUCUUCACUCGAACCACAUCAUCCACCGAGAUGUGAAGAGCGACAACAUCCUUCUCAGAACAGACGGCUCUGUCAAGCUAGCUGAUUUUGGCCUCUCUACUCAGCUCACCCCUGAGCAGAAUAGACGGUGCACGUUAGCCGGGACUCCUUGGUGGAUGGCGCCUGAAGUGGUGACAGGUCAACCAUAUGGCCCCAAAGUGGACAUAUGGUCUUUUGGAAUUGUGGGAAUUGAAAUGGUAGAACGAGAACCUCCUUACUGCAACCAAAGUCCUGCCUCGGCUCAACGCCUUAUAGCCACAGUAGGGACCCCAAAGCUGCGACAUCCCAAGCUCCUCUCAGCUUUGCUGCGUGACUUCCUGAGCUGCUGCCUUCAGAAAGACGAGGAGGAGCGCUGGUCUGCCAUAGAGCUCCUGCAGGUUACAAGACCAAGAACCAUCUCUCCCCUGCCUCCCUCUGCUCCUGGAGAAGAAGCCAAAGAUGAGGAAGUUGAGCAAGUCAAAUGGAAGCGUCCAGCUGUGGUCACACCACAGGCUGUUCAUUCCAAGAGAGUUACAAGACCAAGAACCAUCUCUCCCCUGCCUCCCUCUGCUCCUGGAGAAGAAGCCAAAGAUGAGGAAGCUGAGCAAGUCAAAUGGAAGCGUCCAGCUGUGGUCACACCACAGGCUGUUCAUUCCAAGAGAAACAUCAAGGCAGAGCCACAAGCAGAGCUGCCCGAAGCUCAGAGUGACAUCAUGGCAUUGAAGAGAAAGAACAAGGAUGACAUGAGAAGAGUUCAAGAGGAGAAUCUCAAUCAGCAGAGGGGCGAUCAACAGAACCAGGCAGAGCUGCAGGAUUCGGAGGCUAGCAACAAGGUAAGGGAGAAGAGGCUGGAGGAAGAAAUUAAAAUCAUCAGAGAUAAAGCUAAUCGCCUCUCUCAGUCUCUACAAAAGCAAUCGGUGACUCCUGGCUGA